CAGGCCAAUUUCCAAAUUCACCCUCUGAGGGUCAGCCUGAGCUAGCGAAACAUUUAAACACCUUCUUUCCUAGGAAUUCCCCAGAAUCGUCGCAUCUUGAAAUAUUUGGAUCCCUGAGCAACGUCGCGCAAGUCCUAUAACUACCAGCCAUUUACGCAAUGAUUCUCCCGGCCUCCCAUCGUCCAACCCUCUCACGGGACCAGUUGCUCAAAUACGUAUCUUUUAUUUACCAAUGCGACUCUUGCAGCGCAGAGUCGCAGCUCAGCGCCCUUGAAGGUCUGAUUCGAACCGAUCCUCUCCGUGGCCUGACACAAUUGCAACAGCACCACCAAGCUUCGAUACCGUUCAGCAAUUUAAUCCUUCACUACUCGCAGCACCAUUCCAUCUCCCUAGAUCCAGACGUAUUAUUCCAUAAACUCGUGGAGAGGGGAUUGGGAGGGUAUUGUGUAGAGAGCACGGGUUUCUUCUCAAUAGUGAUGAGAACAUUGGGGUUCAAGCUCUAUACCAGUGCGGGAAGGGUGAGCAAAGGCUUUGAGCAAGGGGUGGAGACGGGGGAGUAUAAUGGCUGGGGCCAUAUGGUUAUAAUUGUAACAAUUGGAGUAAACAAAUACGCUGUGGAUGUCGCGUUCGGCCCGAACGGGCAGACUCGGCCUCUUUUACUCAGCCACGGCGCAACAAGCGUCCGAAUAGCCCCGGCAGAAGCGAGACUGGUGAAGGAAAGCAUAUCCGCCAAUACCGAUAGCGAACAAAAGCCUUGGAUAUUUCAGAUACGAUCCAAUGCCGAGGAGGCAUGGCGGGCGGCAUAUUGCUUUUAUGAAAUAGAAUUCCUGCCCAGUGAUUACGAAGUGAUGAAUUUCUCAACAAGUCAAAGCCCAAGAAGUAUAUUUACAAAGACGGUGAUUUGUGCGAAAUUCCUCCUCAAUGAGGCCAAGGACGAUAUUGUGGGAAACCUUUCCCUUGUAAAGGGAACUGUGAAGCGAAAUCUGAACGGGGAUGUGGAAAUUCUUCAAACGCUGAAGAAUGAGGCUGAAAGAGUUGAUGCAUUGAAAAGUUUCUUUAAUGUACACCUCCAACCCCUAGAAGUCCGCGGCAUUCAUGGAAAGAUCACGGAAUUGAAAGACUUGACCGCGACGGCAUUUUAAAAGGGAUUUUGGAAUUCGGGUCGGCAGCGGAGUUUCAUAUUGAAAUGCGGUUUAUCAUAAGCAGCGUAAUUGGAUAACAGAUCUAGCAUAUC